AUGGAUGGUGGUGAUGUGCCUGAAAAUAAUGAUGUAAAUGAAGAUAGGAUUUCGAAGGUGCCAUCAUCUUCAUCAUCCUCAUCUUCAUCGUCAUCCUCGUCUUCUUCAUCAUCUUCAUCAACUGAUGACUUUGUAAUCAUUGAUAAGUACAUAUCUGAUUACGAGGCGGCUACAGAUCCGGAAAAGGAUUUUGUGGUAACGGAAGAGGAUGAUGAGGAAACGGUGGUGAGAAGGUUUCAUCUGGCGGUUGGCUACAAAAAGUUGAAAGACCUUGAAAGGUCAUUAUGCUCUAAGGAACAAGCUUCCGAGGAUUCGAAUCUCCCGCCUGACGCAGACGACCGCGUGGAAAGCGACAUUUCGAACCUGACGACAGAUGACGACGACGACAACACCGACCUGUCGUCAUUUUCCCCUGGAGUCCUUGAUGUCGCCCUGCUGGAAGGUCAAGGUGAGAUUCAGAGGAUCUACAUCCAUCACCCGAAUCAUAACCUGGAUUCUCUGCUUACCUGUCUGGCGGUCGUUGCACUCUUCUUCGCCGUUGGCACUGGAAUUGGUCAUUACGUUGGAUCGACCCACGAAACGUUGAUGAUGCACGUGCAGUUGGAACGCCUAAGUGUCAUUCAGGAGCGUUACAAGUCAUGCUGGCAGGAGACCACGAUUUUGAGACAACUGCUCGGCUUCAAAUCCAACUUUGGGCAAUUUUUUCAAAACGGGAAUUUGUUGUCGAAAGAUAAGGAGCCUAUAUUUAGUGAUGAGAGUGUGUUGUUAGAGGGCGUAAGCUAUGCUGAUGGAGGUGACGCUAACAACAGUCACAACUACAAGGAUGAAGUUGAAGAAGAUGAUGAAAGGAAGGAGAGGGUAAUGACGAAGAGUGCGCAUCUUGGUGCAGGAAAACAUGACGAUGAUAACAAAAAAUCGAAACGUAACCUAUUGCUCGGAAUAAAACCGGAAAGUAAUUUGAAAAAGAUGUGCGCUCAAUACCUUCGCAGUAUCCUCUUACUUCUCCCUCUUCAACCUCACAACUACAAGGAUGAAUUUGAAAAGGACAAACUCCAAAUUCGAUUUUCCAAAAACGGCAAAAAGCUGUUCAAAGAUUUGAAUAAAAUAAUUCAUAAUAAGAGAUGCAGUCGAGAAGUAGUUCUGGCUCCUGAGUGCUGCGAAAAUUAUCUCGACUCCAAAUUUUAUUUGCCGCUAAAAUUGAGCGGAGAACAAAAAUAUGAUAAUUAUCUUGGCAGAGUCAUUUUGAGAUGUAACGGAAAUUUUAAUAAUUAUGACGUCACCGUUACGUCACUUGUCGCAUCUUAA